CCUCUAACUCCGUCAUAACGGACACCAUCACACCACUCUCUGCUGCCGGGAAUCCCAACAGAUAUAUAUAAUAAUAAUAUAACUCUGUCCGACUCUCUCUCCUCAUUCUCUGCCUAUUCCCACUCCGAAACCUUAAUUCUUAUUGUAGGAGGAGUUGAUUGAUUUUGGGAGUUUUGGAUGCUUGUUCAAACUCCUCCGUCCUAUGCUUUCUUCAAGUAAGGAAGCUUUUGCAGCAGCCUUCAUCAUUUAUAUAUAGGUGAGUAUGGGGUCAGCUUGUUGUGUUGCUAGAAAGGAUAGAACCUUGAUGAUCGAAACCAAUGAAGAAACUUUGCAAAAAAAUAUGAUAUCUUCACCAUCAUGGAGUUUCCAGUGGGAUACUCAAAGGCGCGUGGCAGGCCAAAGUGAGAAUACUUCAUGUGAACCGUCUCAUGGAACCAGCACAAACAGUAGCAUGGAAAUGGAAUUAAACGGGGCAUUGGUUAUAAAUGGGAGUAAUUUUUCUGGUCAGGGAAGCCCUCUACGAAAUUUUGUAACUCCCACAUCUCAAAAGUCUCCACUUCAUGAAGGACCAAGUGCAAAUUUGAUGACUCCUUUAGUAGAUAUAACUCUGGCUAGCAAUGAGAAUGCAAAGGUACAGACCUCCAUACAAGCUCUGGAAAUUGUAGAUUCAUCUGCCCCAAGGGUUUCACUUUCUGUACCUUCAAGCUCUUCUUUCACGAUGCCAACUGCAGAUCCUUCAUCUUCCCAAACUUGCUCACUUCCAGCAAACUCAACCCAAGCAAGAAGGGCUCACCAUUCACCUAGACACCAGCUUUUAAGGCAACUCUCAGAUAGUCGGAUCCUGGGUCUGAAAUCGCCAAACAGUUACUUGCCCUCCGAGGGUAGGCUAUCUUUUUUGCUCUCCACAUGCAGUGACGAAUUAACAAUCGGAUCCCAAGGUGGCUCUUCUGAUGGCUGGUCCACACGCACCUUCUCUGAGCUUGUGGCCUCUUUUCAAAGAGAAAGAUGUUCCUUCGACAGUGAUUUUUUGGGCUCUGGCCAAGGCAAGUUAAGUGAAUUUAGCAGUACCUUCUCAUAUUCGCCUUCCUUUGAUCUGCAAACUUGUGGGGUUUGCUCAAAGCUAUUGACACAGAAAUCAUCAUGGAGCAGUGAGCUGUCAGUCAAAGCUGUACUGGUCUGUGGGCAUGUUUACCACGCUGAAUGUUUGGAAACUAUGACAUGGGUGGCUGACUGUUACGACCCUCCUUGCCCAAUUUGUACUGUUGGUGAAAAGCAACUGUCAAAGAUGGCCAGAAAAGUUUUAAGAGCUGAACCAGAACUGAGAUCGAGAAGCAAUAAGAAGAUAUGUAGGAGUCGAGUUGUGGAUAGUUAUCAUGAUGCUGAACUCGAUGUUCUUGAUCACCAAAAAACUACCAGUGAGGAGGAAAAUUUUCCAAAGAUGGAAGCCAGUUCAAGUGGAAGGAGAUCCUUUGCAAAGCCCUUCUUGAGGCGGCACUUUUCACUUGGAUCUAAGCGGAGUAGACUGCUGUCAGAGAAUAACUCUGCCAAGGAGUUUGGGGCAAGAUAUCACUAGGAUUGAGCUCCCCGAUUGGGUAGGAGCUUGCACAUUUGCCUCAUAAUACAUGUUAUACUAGCCUCCAGGAAGUUUAGUAGUGUGUGUUCAGCUUUGCUAAUAAUUUUGCAAAAUUAUAUGUUCAGAAAUUCUGAUAUUAAUGUCAAAAUUGAAAGUGAAAGUUAGCAGCAUUGGAUGCCAGUAGAAGUUCAAGGAUGUCCUACAUCUUGUUUAUGACAACUUUGAUAUAAUGAUUAAAUUAUUGGUGCAGCAACCUCAAUGCUAUUCA